AUGUAUAAUAAAGAAGACACGUCUAUGAAUAUGAAAGUAAUACAAUCAGAGAAAAGUAUACUAAUUGAUAUGAUACAACUUUAUAAGGAUUUGCCUGUUCUUUGGGAUCCCACACAAGUGCAAUACAAUGACAAAAAAGCUAGAGAUCAAGCGUAUAGUAUCAUAUUAGAAAAAUACAAAGUUUUACGCCAAGAUGCGACGAUUGAACUCGUUAAAAAGAAAUUGGAGAAUAUGAGAGCAACUUACAGACGUGAAUACAAAAAGGUAAAAGCAGCAAAAGUUAAAGGAGAACCUGAAUAUCGACCCUCAUUGUGGUGUUAUAAGUACUUUACGUUUUUGAAUGUUACGAGUAAGUAUGACAAUAACCGAGGUGGAUCCGAAACAAAUGCUAGUGAACAAAGUGAUAAUGAGGAGGAGAUAACAUUCGAUGAGACAGACGAUACCUGUGAUUUUAAACACCAAGAUGAACCUAAGGAAAAAAUAUCCAAAGUAUCUACUGUGUAUUUACGAGAGCAACAAAAUAAUGAAGAAUGCCAAAAUUAUUCUAUAAACAGUGUGAACUCUUUGUCAUUGGCAAAUGAUAGUAGUGAACCUGAAGCUUUCGGGAAAGUUAUAGGCCUUCAAUUACUUGAGUUAGAACCUGUACAGAGAACCAUAGCGGAAAAAUUAAUGUCAGAUGUAAUAUUUUAUGGACGAAUAAAUGCUCUAACAUUAGAAUCAUCAAUCAAUAUAAAGGGAAGUCCUUAA